GGCCGCCGCGGGGCUCGUUCGUGCAACAGCGGCGGCGACGGCGGCGGUGGCGGCGGCGGCUGGUCCUCCUCCCUCUCCCUAUUGCUCCUCCUAUUCUUCCUCCUUUCCUUUCCGGCCGUGUAUCGUCCACUUCCCCUAGCGACGGCUCAGAUCCUACGUAAAGGCAUGACUUCCCAGCACCUCAGGGAAAAUAGGGUGCAAGCCCAGAAACUGUUUCCCCAUCACCACUUGUUGAAAAACUGAUUUGAAGGCAUAUCCGGGUUUGAACAAACGGAAAGUGCCAGGAUUUAAUGCGUCUUUGGUUUUGCGCUGGAGACCCUUCACUGCUAGGUAUCAAGACGAAAAAACUGGAAACUCAUCCGAACCCCAUUCAAAGUCAGAAUGGAACGAUUUGUAGUAACAGCACCACCUGCUCGAAACCGUUCUAAGACUGCUUUGUAUGUGACUCCCCUGGAUCGAGUCACUGAGUUUGGAGGUGAGCUGCACGAAGAUGGAGGAAAGCUCUUCUGCACUUCUUGCAAUGUGGUUCUGAAUCAUGUUCGCAAGUCUGCCAUUAGUGACCACCUCAAGUCAAAGACUCAUACCAAGAGGAAGGCAGAAUUUGAAGAGCAGAAUGUGAGAAAGAAGCAGAGGCCUCUAACUGCAUCGCUUCAGUGCAACAGUACUGCGCAAACAGAGAAAGUCAGUGUUAUCCAGGACUUUGUGAAAAUGUGCCUGGAAGCCAAUAUCCCACUUGAGAAGGCUGAUCACCCAGCAGUCCGUGCUUUCCUGUCUCGCCAUGUGAAGAAUGGAGGCUCCAUACCCAAGUCAGACCAACUGAGGAGAGCAUACCUGCCUGAUGGAUACGAGAAUGAGAAUCAGCUCCUUAACUCACAAGAUUGUUGACAAGGAGGUUACCACCAUUGUGAUCAAGAUAAAUAAUGUGGAGUAUUAAAAGUUACG